AGAGAAAGAGCCUCGCGCAGUCCCUCCUUCAAACCGCGGAGGACUGGAGCUGCAAUUCUUGGUUUACAAUCGAACCGAUCGUGGCCAUAAUCAUUUUCUGCUUUAAACUUGGAUUACAGUACAUCCUGAAUAUUGCUAUAUUUAACGGGCAACAUUUUGUUCGCACGCUCAUUUCAGCAGGAGGAUCUCGAGCAGAACAAUGACACGGCGAGUACUGCUGUUUAUCUCUGUUCUUUCUCUCGGUUCAGUGCAUGGGCAGGUUAGCUACUCCAUACCGGAGGAAAUGCCUAAAGGGUCGUUAGUCGGUAAUAUAGUGCAAGAUUUGGGGCUGGAUGUAAAAAGGCUGAAGUCGGGUAACGCUCGGGUUUAUACCGGAGACAGCGCUGAAUACAUAGAGCUAAAUAAAGACAGAGGAGUCCUGCUUAUUAAAGACAGAAUAGACCGCGAAGCUCUGUGCGGAAAGACGAGCCCCUGCGCUUUGCACUUCCAGAUCAUUCUGGAAAAUCCUAUGGAAUUCUAUCAAAUAACUGUGGAAAUCACAGAUAUUAAUGAUAACCCACCGACUUUUAAAAAGAGCGAAUUGAGAUUUGAAAUAAGCGAAUCGGCUCUAACUGGAGCAAAAUUCAUGCUGGAGAGAGCAAUGGAUCCGGAUGUUGGUGUUAACGGCCUGCAAAGCUACUCGCUGAAACCCACCGAUAAUUUUCAUUUGAAACUAUACAAUCAACCAGACGGUGGUAAAAAUGUAGAAAUGGUUCUACAGAAACCGCUCGAUAGGGAAAAGCAGGAAGAGCUGUCUCUGUUAUUAACAGCGAUAGAUGGCGGAGAUCCGCAGAUGUCCGGCACGGUGCGGAUACUUAUCACUGUGCUCGAUGCCAAUGAUAAUGCGCCUGUUUUUAAACAGGAGGUUUAUAAGGCCUCUGUAACCGAGAAUGCGCCUAAAGGAACCGUUUUAACUACAGUUAGCGCAUCUGACGCAGAUCAAGGUUCGAACGGAAAAGUAAUAUAUUCUAUUUCUAACACCUUAGACGACAUGGUCGAACAGUUUGAAAUUGAUCAAGAUACUGGUGUUUUGAAAUUAAUCGGAGAUUUAGAUUAUGAAAAAGCAAGUCAAUAUCAAAUUAACAUACAGGCUAGAGAUCAUGGAGGGUUAUCGGAUUCCUGUAAGGUAAUUGUUGAUGUGAUUGAUACAAAUGAUAAUAAACCAACUAUUAAUAUCAUGUCGAAAUCAAAAACAAUUUCCGAAAAUUCGAAUCCUGGAACAGUAAUUGCCAUCCUCAAAAUACAAGACCCGGACUCUGACAACAAUGGCAAAGUCAAGUGCGUUACAAACGAAAAUAUUCCGAUAACUAUUACAUCGACAUCAAAUAAUUUCUUCAGUUUGGUGACUGACAGCGUGCUGGACAGAGAGACGGACUCUGAGUUUAACAUCAGUGUAACCUGCUCUGAUGAGGGAGUGCCCUCUCUCUCCAACAGCGUCACUCUCUCCGUACAAAUAUCAGAUGUGAACGACAACGCGCCGGUCUUUGAGAGGAGAUCAUAUGAAGCUCACGUUAAAGAGAACAACAGUCCAGGCCUCUCCAUAUUUUCAGUAAAGGCCAGAGACGCUGACUGGAACCAGAAUGCUCGUGUUUCAUAUAUACUAGAGGAUGGGAUAGUGAAUGGCGUGUCUGUCUCCUCAUAUGUGUCUGUUAACUCUGACAGUGGAGUCAUCCACGCAGUGCGCUCCUUUGACUACGAGCAGAUAAAGGAUUUCCGGUUCCGCGUAAAAGCGCAAGAUGGAGGCUCUCCUCCACUCAGCAGUAAUGUGACGGUUAAAAUCUUUAUUCAAGACCAGAACGACAACGCGCCUCAGAUUCUCUACCCAGUACAAACUGGUGUCUCUCAGGUGGCUGAAAUGGUGCCUCGUUCAGCAGAUGUCGGCUAUCUGGUCACUAAAGUGGUGGCUGUUGAUGUGGACUCUGGACAGAAUGCCUGGCUCUCAUAUAAACUGCUGAAAGCGACAGACAGGGCGCUGUUUGAAGUGGGCUUACAGAACGGAGAAAUAAGAACUAUACGGCAGGUGACUGAUAAAGAUGCUGUGAAACAAAGACUUACUGUUGUAGUGGAGGACAACGGGCAGCCCUCUCGCUCAGCUACAGUCAAUGUUAACGUGGCGGUGGCGGACAGCUUCCCGGAAGUGCUCUCGGAAUUCAGCGACUUUGCUCCCGACAAGGAUUACAACGACAACCUGACUUUUUAUUUAGUCUUGGCACUGGCUGUAGUGUCGUUUCUUUUCAUCCUUUCCAUUAUAGCCAUAGUGUCAGUAAAAUGCUACAGAUGGAGACGUGAUCGAUUAUUUUAUAAAUCCAGCGCCAAUCUCCCCGUUAUUCCGUAUUAUCCGCCGCUAUACGCAGACUCUACAGGUACGGGAACUCUACAGCACGUGUAUAAUUACGAGGUGUGCAGGACCACUGACUCCAGGAAGAGUGAUAUGAAGUACAUCAGACCUUGCAGUCAGAGCGUCAUUAGUCUGGACGCCAGUGGAACACAGACACUGCCGCACGUGCAGGAGAAAGGGACCAAUGAGGAUUCAGAUGAUCAGGUGAGCUUUGCGCAUUGA